UUGCAGCAGCACGGAUGCUUCCUCACUCUUUGGCUAACACUGGGUUAUUACUGCACUUUUUAAUUGUUACCAACCUCAUAGUGGACACCAUAGAUCUCAUUAUAAUUUCAAUUUGUAUUUCUUAGGAGUGGAACUGCUCUUCUCUGUAUUUGUCAGCCAUUAGCCCUUCUUCAUGCUCUUUUUGACUUUGAAGCCAUGUAUGUAGAUUUCUCGCGUCUCCCCACGUUCCAGACUCUGAAGUCCGAAAGGCAUCAGUUUUGAAAGGCAAGGACUCCAAGGCUUCUGAAAGAACGGUCGCCAUUGCCGGUCAUCCGGUUGGCCUUUUUAAUGCUCAAUUACUGUCCACAGUAGUGGAAACUCACUUGCAAGAUACUAAGAAUAAAGGCAGAGUUAUUGGAAAUGUGAUGUAUCCAACAAGAACCAAGGGCAGGGGAGUUGCAAAUGUGACAUUCGAAGAAAUAAAAGGUGCAGAGGAAGUCAACAGAAAACAGAAACACUCUCCGGCAGAAAAGGUUGGACCUGCUCAAGUCACAGUCUCUUGUCUUAGUGACAAGGUCUUCAGCUCUGUAAAAGCUAUCCUCGAUCUUUCUGUUUUUCGGAGCCAAGUCAUGCUAGAAAGUCUGGUAAUGGACCUGAAGAGGAAAAUCCCAACUUUAUCCUUCAGUCCUUUGGAACCCAAUGGAAGAAUCUCUGUGCAAGGGUCAUUCCUGGACAUCCACAGGCUCAAAGAAUCUUUGCUGAUAAAAGCAAGUUCUCUUUUAGAAAAAAACAGGAAUUUUAUCAGGGAGGAGAAGCGGAAUAGCCAGCCCCCCAAAAGGCAUCUCCAGAAAUGUAGAAACUCCUUGGAGUUUCCUGGGGCCUCAGUACCUGAGGCCAGUAGGAGGGGAGAAACCCUUGUUCUUGACACAAAUAUAUUCCUUUACCUGAAAAGGAGCAGAUUUUAUGAGAGCACAUUGAAAAAAUGUCAUGUUUUGUGUCAGGAGAGAGUGGAUGGUGAAGUCACCACAGUCUGUAUAAAAAAUGCUCGAGAAUGUUCUCACCCAAACAAUGAAAAGCUUGUAAAAGGACUUCUUGAAGAAUAUUCACUUGCUCUUCACUUUGAGCUUAGAAAGGAGACACUUCUUUUGAAAGGAAAGGGGAACAGAGAGAAAAGAAAUAUUAAGUCGGCAUGUGAACAAGUAAGUUUGAGGUACCCUAAGGUUCUGAUUAAUUUUUACGAGACACACAUUGAUAUUAUAGGAUCUUCUUCUGACACAUACUUAUUUAAAGAAGAGAUCAUGAAAUUCAUAAGGUUAAAAAGGUAAUAAAAUCUCAGCAAGAAUAAUGAUAGUGGCCGUCACUCUCCCUUCCUGGGCAGUGGCAAUGCUGUGUAUGAUGCCAGCCUUCCACGCAUUAUGUCAUUUAAUCCUUGCAACCAUCCUUUGUUGUAGGCAUUGCUGUCCUCCUGUUCUAGGGGAAGAACUUAGGACUUGGAGAGGUUAAAACAUUUGUCCGGAGUUAUCCAGCAGGCUAAGAAUGGGGUUAAACUUGGCCUAUCUGAUUACAAAGAUAAUAUCUAAGUCUUAAAACUUUGAAAAAAACCCUCAUUUAAUUUUGAAGAAAUCUCACUUUCCCUGCGACCCCAAAUUCUUAGGAAUAGAAGUAGUCUUAAUUCUAACAGAGAGGAAGUUUGGGUGAUUAUUAUCCCAUCGGCCAUUUCUUAGCAUUUACAAAGUUCAUAUUCACUCCAAAUAGAAUGCUGGCAAAACUCACUUGAGAAGCUACUUAGAUGGAAAGUAUUUCUGAAGCAGGUAAUCAUUACUUGACUAAAUCCCAUUGGUACAGGUUGCUGGACAUAUGGGGCAUUUUUAUCGUUGCCUGUUUAGCCUAAGGGUAUAUAUAAAAUGUUGGUCCUGUUAGAAUUAUGGAGAAUUAGUAUAGUGUCUUCUUUAUUACCUCCUUUAUUUUAGAAUUUAUUGCUAGAGUGAUAACAUUUGAGUAAUAAAAUCAUGGGUGUUUCCAUAAAGAAGACAGAAGGGAACCCAGAUCUUACAAAUCAUUUGGUUGUCUAUGACUCCCCUGAAUUUAACUUUAGAAUAAACCAAGUUUUAAGUACCUGGGGCAUGUUAUCCUAAGAUAAUAAAAUGUAUGUAUUCUUGCUCGUCUCAAAGUAAA